AUGGGAAAUAGAAAUUACAUCGGUUAUAUAAAAAUUAUUAUAUUGAACUUUUUAAUUCCUGUAUGCCAUUAUUACAAUGAUGAGAGUACCUUUGAUAAUUUUAUGAAUAAGAAACUCAGAAUAGUUGAUGAAGUUGACUUAACAAGUAAACGAUUAUUAGCAAUAAAAGAAACGGAAACAAAUUCCCAUAAAGGGGGAUUCGAACGAGAUGUGUCUAGUCAUGAUAUACCGAGUAAUUUUACAGAUAGCGAUGAGACCAAAUCAACAGAAAAACGAUUAAAAAAAGGCUCUGGGAAAAAUUCCAAAAUAAUUAAAAAGUUUAAAAAGAUGAAGCUAACUAUUUUUAAUUUUUUGAAGAAAUUAGAGAAACGUUAUGAAAAAAUAGUAUAUAGUCAUUUUUGUUUCAUAGACACUCUUAUGAAGGACCCGAUGGUUAAUAAAAUAAUGUUUACAAAAAUAUUACUUAAAAAAUAUCGUUUGUUUCUAGUUAUGCCAUUUGUUAAGAAAAUACUGGAAUUCAUAUUAUAUUUAAUGCGUAUAACGAAUCUUCUAGCAUUAUAUCCAUUUUUAGGGACAAUUGUGACGACAAUUAAAAUUGUAUAUAUAUAA